AUGUUGCCGACCGCCGACAGAAGCUGUGACCCGCCGGCCACAGAGAGAGCUGGAGUCUGUUUUGGAGAGUGGACCGACGGGUCCGCAUACGAGGGAGAAUCUGUUCAUGGAUUAAAGCACGGCAAAGGAAAGUACACGUGGACCAACGGAGAGUACUACGAGGGCACUUUCUAUAAAGACUACAGGCAUGGUCAUGGGGAAUACUGCUGGCCCACAGGCCACAAGUUUAUUGGCAAGUACUACCUCAACCGGAAGGAAGGAUAUGGACUACAGCUGUUCCCUGAUGGAGCUAGGUUUGAGGGUUUGUACCAUUUUGACCAGCGGUUUGGUCCUGGUGUGGUUACUUACAAAGAUGGGCGUCAGGACGUGGGACUGUGGCAUGGCACGCGCCUGCUAAGGCUCUGCACCAGUCUGAAGGAGGGCUUCAGCCUAAAGAACAUUCCAGGAUACGCUUCAUAUAUGAACCCUGCUGCCUCCCCGACUCAGGUGGACCUCCAGCUGAGUCUCUGUACAGAUCUGCAGUUUGACGAUGACGUUAUCCUUCCACCUGACAUUGAGAGUUAUUCAACAGACGGCGACCAUUUGCCGCUGCCGCCUGGACGGAGACGAUUGUUGGAUGAACACUUUCAUGAUGAGCUGUGGGAACCGGACGCUCAGUUGUAUCGAGGCUAUGAGCGAGACCCGCUAUGCAGUCUGCCGUUACAAACCCGCAUGGAGGCCCACAUACACACACACAGACUACAGGCAGCGACUGUGGGCUGGGACGUGACAUCGGUUCUGGCUCUGAACAGAAGCAGUUUUGUCUGUAAGGGGCCGUUGGAAGUCAGCUCAGAGCUGCUGAUCCAGCAGGCCUCUCGAGGGGAACAGCAGGACGUCUCACAGAUCCUUCAGACCAACAUGGUCCAUCCUGAUGUAUCAGAUUCACUGGGACACACUGCAUUGAUCGCUGCCACCGUUAGCUGCCAUAAUGAUGUGAUUGAUAUUUUGUUAAAUAUGGGUGCUGAUAUUGACAAGUUGAACUGUGAAGGUUUGUCUGCCCUGGCUGUGUGCAUUGUCCUCUACUAUCCCGCUUCAUCUCUGCACGUCACCAUCACAGGGCAAGUACCCGGUGACUGUCCAAUCAAAACAGAGAAGGCUGAUAUCAACAAAUGGACCUAUACCUUUGACUCCGCUCACUUUGUUGACAGAGUCCCUAUUGCGGUGACAGAGGACCAGACAGAGAGCCUGGCAGAAGCACAAAGUGUCUCAGGCAUGGUUCCGAACGCCAACACACAGGAAACUAUCCAAAAUAUAAAGGGCAUGAAAACCGAGCGCCGCGUUCGCUUCAGCACCCUGAAGCUUUUAUUGGAGCGUGGAGCCGACCCGAACGUAUCCAGCGUCCCCACGCCUGCUCUCUUCUUGGCCAUCAUGGCUGCAGACACUGAGGUGGUCAGGAUGCUUCUGCUGCACAGAGCUCGCACUGACAUCAAACUAACACCUGAGAUGAAAGGUCUGUAUCCUCUGCAUGUGGCAGCAGCACUGCCCGGUCCACCUGGUCCAAGAAUCACUCAGCUGCUUCUGCACACCGCCACUGAUCCAGAUGUUCAGGCAAAUGACAGCGAUGAAAUCUGUGAACUCGAUAAGAUCCAGGGUCCACUGAGCCGCAAUGAGACAACAUCACCAACAUAUCAGACCCUUACCGCAACAGAGUGCAACUCAUCUGGAGCAGGGGGCCGAACGGCCCUUCAUGUGGCGUGCCAGAGAGACUACGACUACAGCAACGCCACUGAGGUCGUAGCCCUUCUUCUCUCCCACAGAGCCAACCCCAACCUCCUCUGGAGUGGACACUCACCUCUUUCCUUAGCCAUAGCAAACGGCAAUUACCUGGCAGUCCAUGAGUUGUUGAAAGGAGGUGCAGAUCCCAAUAUGCAUCUGGGCCCUGGGGUGGGCAGCGCCCUCUGUGCCCUCGCCAAUGUCAACUACCGCUAUGUUGGAGACCGAGCCAACAUGCUGGAUAUAUUGGUUAAAGGUGGUGCUGACAUUCUGAUGCCAGUUAAAGUGGGCAAUGUCAUAGGAACUGCAGUCGACUAUGCACACUAUUCCUUCAACCAGGACGUGUACACUGCCAACACUCCCUACCAUGCUCUGAACAUGCACGAGAGAGAAACGUUCAACGCACGGCACCAGCUGCUGAGCAUGAUGGGAAGUCUGCUAAGACAAGCUGCUGUCCAGCAGGAGAAUGCCAUUUCUCCAAAGGAUUUAAUGUCGGAAGAAAAAGUUUUGCCACCCAUUAUAGAGGAACAGAGUUUUCCUAGGAAGUCAUCGCUUAAUAAUUUUUGUUAUGAAUGCGGCCGCUCCGUGUUUGUGAAGCUGACUGGUUGCACCCGCUGCCACAAAGUCUCAUACUGCUCCAGGAGGUGUAAACUGAAAGCUUGGGACGAAAGACAUAAGAACGAGUGUGUCCGGAUGUCAGCAUUUGCAGGAAGCAGCCAGAAGAAAGCUGUGAUUGGAUCCCAAAAAGAACCCAUGCCUGUGUGCAGCACCCCGAAAUCUGCAGAACUCUGCACACCUUUGAGUGCCACGCUAAAAUCUCCAAGUGUUCUGAAGUUCUUGUUCUCUGAGGAGAAGUUCCCGGUGAACCAACUCAACCUGAAGGAAAACUACAGCUGUAACUGAUUGUACUCAUGUUUCAGAUGUUUGAUGACAGUUGAAGUAUAUCUGUAGCUGCUUAGUACAGUGAUGGAAAUCACAUUCUGUUGAUCAUUAA